AUGUUACAAACCACGCAACAUUCGGCCGCUGACACGGAGAAAGCCACCGUCUAUCAGCUGGCCAACGGUAACCACGCGAACGGUGACAUCAGCAAAGUGAGAUCGCCAGCAGAAGCGGUCCGGAGACGCAACAUGCUCGCGAAGAAGUUUUGCAACCGGCGGUGCAUCCUGACAUCGUCCGGAUUGCUACUUGUCGCCAGCGGAACCUUCUUCAUACUGUUCUUCCCGAUCAUCUUCCAGGAUAUACUGCAGGAGGAGCUCAAGUUACGGCCCGGCUCGCGCAGCUACGAUAGCUGGGUUUCACCACCGUUUCCACUCGCAAUGGACGUGUACUUCUUCAACUGGACCAACCCGGAAGACAUUACGAACCACUCGACGAAACCGAUCCUGGAAGAGUUGGGCCCGUACCGUUUUAUCGAGCAUCCGACCAAGGUGGAUAUUGAGUGGCACGAUGAAAAUGCUACCGUCAGCUACCGGAAGAAGAGCCUCUAUUACUUCGACGAGGAAGGCAGUAACGGGACCCUGGAUGAUGUGAUUAGCAGCAUCAACAUUGUCGCCGUGUCUGCAGCAAAACGGUCCAAAUAUUGGGGAUAUCUCAAGCAGAAAGGUGUCUCGCUGGGGCUGAAUGUAUACGAGCAGAAGAUCAACGUGGUCAAGACGGCGGGUGAGCUGCUGUUCGAUGGGUACGAGGAUAACAUGGUGCUGAUGGGCAAACACAUGUUCGACGCCGACGAAGUGCCAUUCGAUCGUGUCGGAUGGUUUUACACGCGCAACAAUUCAGCCGACCUGAUCGGUCACUACAACAUCCACACCGGUGUUGAGGACAUUGGGAUGCUCGGUAAAAUGGGCGAGUGGAAUUACAAACCGCGUACCGACUUUUUCGAGGGUAACUGUGGCAUGUUGAACGGAUCGGCUGGUGAAUUUUUUCCACCCGGGCUGUCAAAGGAGCGCCCGAUCGAGCUGUUCACGCCCGACAUGUGCCGUAGCUUGCCGCUUGAUUUUGAGGAAGAGGUCACCAUCCAUGGCCAGAAAGCGUACAAAUAUUCCGGCGAUCGUAGGGCGAUCGAUAAUGGUACGCUCUACCCUGAGACGGCUUGCUUCAGUGCCGGUGAGAUCGUACCGUCCGGGGUGCUGAACAUUUCAUCCUGUCGCUUCGGUACACCUGUGUUCGUUUCCUUUCCCCACUACUACGGUGCUGACCCGUUCUAUCUGGAUCAGGUGGAAGGGUUGAGUCCUUCGAAGGAUAAGCAUCAAUUCUUCAUGUCACUGGAACCGACCACUUCCGUCCCCUUGGAUGUUGCCGCUCGGUUGCAGCUUAACAUUAUGAUCGAACCAUACGAGAAUAUUAAUCUCUUCUCUGACGUGCCACGUGUCUUCCUGCCCGUGCUGUGGUUUGAGCAGCACGUCCUUAUGCCUGCCGAAUUGGCGGGUGAGAUCGGCCAAGCGCUUACCAUUCCAUCGAUCGUACGGCUCUGCGGUAUCGUAAUGGUUGUGUUCGGCGUGGUGAUGCUACUCUGGAUGCCACUGGAGCGUUUGUUCUUCCGGCGGCGCCGUGUAGCCGGUACGACGAUCGGCAUCAAAGAACAGGCCGCGCUCAACGGUGUCCGAUCGUUUAACCUCGCCACCGAAAAGGGUUUGCUGGCGUCUUCGGAGAAGAAAAACGGCAAAACGACGACAGCUACCGCCAUUGUGCUGGUGGACAAGUUGCUUGAAAAACCCGAAAAGCAACCGCUGGCGGACAGUGCGCAGACGUCGCCGGACGAACCGGAGAGUGCGCCACUGAUCGACGGUAGAAAUGUGACCAUUAUCAAUUCAUGA